AUGGCACACAACGAGUUCAUUCUCAGCCAGCUGGUCUUUGCCAACCUGAUGGUGACGCUGUGCCGGGGUAUUCCUCAAGCUCUGAGUGCCCUGGACAUCAACCCGCUGUUCAGCAACAGUGUCUGCAAAACAAUUAUCCUCAUUUACCGCGUUGGCCGUGCCAUGUCUAUUACCAUAACCUCCCUGCUGAGCUCCUACCAGUGCGUGGUCAUUGCCCCGCCCAAUCCUGGCUGGAUCUGGCUGAAACGCUGGGUUCCUGGUCACCUCUCCCAUGCCAUCAUCUUCCUCUACGGGCUCAAUAUGAUCAUCUACCUGGUUACCAUCACCUUCGCUGAGUCUUUUCCCACCAACAGCAGCAUUCCAGAGUUCACCCUUAACCUGGAGUUCUGCAUUGUGGUGUUCCCAAGCCACGUCGCUUACGUUGUCAGUGGUGCGGUGUCCAUCAUCCGAGACUUUGUCUUUGUCAGCCUGAUGGCGGCAGCAGCAGUGUAUGUGAUGCUGGUCCUGCAUCGGCACCGCCAGCAGGUUCAGGGCCUGCAGGGGGCCGGGCGGAAGACAGAGGAGGCUUCCCAGGCUGUCCUGCUGCUCGUGAGCACAUAUGUGGCGCUGUUCAGCUUGGACAAUGUGCUGUGGUUCUAUACACUCUCUGUCUCCCGCGUGCACCCAGCUGUCUCCGAUACACGUGUCUUCUUUGCCUCCUGCUACUCUGCCAUCAGUCCUGUGCUCAUCAUCACCACCAACAAGAAACUGGCCACCUACUUUCAGUGUGGCUCCAAACGCAAGGCAGCAGAAAACAUCCCCAGCAGCACAAAGUCAAAGACCUCUCGGGUGAAACCAACACAAUCACAAUGA